AUGGAGUGCAGUUUCGCGGGGAAGCGACGAUGCGACGAGUGCAUCGAGAACUUGGAAGAACUCUGCCGCGCCAAGCGUUCGCGGGCCGCCGUCGAGCACAGACAGUCACAGUCUACGGUGGUGAGGAUCGCUCGACUCGCGGAUGCGAGGACUCAAUUGGAGCGACGGUUCGUGCACGUUGGUGACGAGUACAUCGAUCACAAGAACGAUAGAUCUCUCGUAUGGCGCGAGAUCGACGCCGCGUUCGAGAGUCGUGUUCUGACCGGUGCGGUGAUAAACUCUGGACACAUAGAGCCACGACAGUUCUUGGAAGACGCCAGCAGUGUAGUGUUCGAGCGUGUGCGAGGCUCUGUAGGGAGACAUGGCAGCGUGAAAGUGAACACCGCGUUCAACGGCGAGUUCGUAGCGGGCGAUAAACGCACCGUUAUCAGUAUAAACUCGAAAAACUGUGAACUCUAUCGAUACACCGAUUUGCGCGAGUGGUACGAGCGGCACGUCAUCGAGUCUACAUUAAUGUCACUCGAAGAGUCCCAGGAGCGUGACAGCGGAUGGGCGCUCUCGCGAAUCCUCAAUUUAAUCGUUAACGUGAACAAACUGAAUCCUAUGCACGCGGGAUGCUGCAUCGAAGUGCCGCCGAAAAUUAAAAAUAAGAAAGCGGUGGUUAACGUGCAAUCCAGAGACAAUGAGUGCUUCGCGUGGUCGGUGGUCGCUGCUCUGUAUCCAGCUGAAAGUAAUGUAAAUCAGACAUCGUCGUAUCCGAGUUACGCAAAGGUACUGAAUCUCAAAGACAUUGUGUUUCCGAUGACGUUCAAAGACAUUAAAAAAUUUGAACGUCUCAACGAUAUCUCGAUUAAUGUAUAUGGUAUCGAGAAUGAAAAGAUCCUUCCUUUUCGGCUCACCGACGACAAUAAGGAGAAACACGUCAAUCUAUUAUAUUUACAAGAUGUAAAACGACAUCCACACCACGACGACGAUGACGGCAGCCUCGGCCAUUUCGCGUGGAUUAUGGAUCUGUCCCGACUCAUGAGAUCACAACUCACCAAAAAUAAGAAUAAAGUAUUUUUCUGCGAUCGAUGUCUACACUAUUUUUAUUCCAAUGAGAGAUUGCAGUCACACAUCAUAGAAUGCGGUCGGAUGAACGACUGCGCUAUCCGACUGCCGAGCGAGAACGAGAAGUGGCUCGAAUUUCGCAACCACUGCAGGAAGGAGCGCGUUCCUUUUGUAGUGUACGCUGACCUGGAGUGCGUGCUGCGAAAUACCGAAGACGCUACGUCAUCGACGUCGUACGCGUAUCAGCAGCACGAGGUAUUCAGCAUCGGGUACUACGUGCGGUGCUCAUACGACAACGCGUCAUCGGCUUAUCGGUUCCGUCGCGAUAAGAAUUGCGUCGCGUGGUUCGCGCGUGAACUCAGAGAUUUGGCGCAUCGCGUGAAAGAUAGAGUAUCCGUUAACGUUCCCAUGGAAGCGUUAUCCAAAGGACAAUGGGAGGCGUACCGUAGCGCGACGCACUGUCACGUGUGCGAGAAACCGUUCGCGCCGAACGAAAAGCGGGUACGCGACCAUUGUCACCUCACCGGACGAUACCGCGGUCCAGCGCAUGAGGGCUGCAAUUUAAAUUAUAAAAAUUCGUUUUACAUUCCGGUCGUAUUUCACAACCUAUCGGGCUACGACUCGCACUUUAUAAUUAAAGAAAUAGCUACCGCGUAUGAUGGACAAAUAGAAGCACUUUCGAUAACGAAAGAAAAGUACACUUUGUUUACGAAAUAUGUCGACAACGAAGAUUUCAAUCUGCUUACUCGUAAAGGCGUAUUUCCGUACGAGUACGUUGACUGCGUUGAAAAACUGGAUGACACGCAUCUACCACCGCGCGAAUCUUUUCACAGUUCGUUAACGGGCGAGACCGUGUCCGAGAGCGAUUACGCUCACGCCGCGAACGUAUGGCAGCGAUUCUCUGUACGAACGCUCGGCGAGUACAGCGAUCUGUACCUGAAAACCGACGUCUUGUUGUUGGCUGACGUUUUCGAAAAUUUUCGCGAAAGUUGUGUCGCGAGUUACAGUUUAGAUCCCGCGCAUUACUUUACAUUGCCCGGUUUCACGUGGGACGCCAUGCUGAAAUAUACGCGCGUAAAAUUCGAGCUGCUCACCGACAUAGAUAUGAUCAUGUUCAUCGAGCGCGGUAUUCGCGGCGGUUUCAGCCAAUGUUCCGGUAGAUACGCGCAGGCCAAUAACAAAUACAUGCGUUCGUAUGAUCUAUCGAAACCGUCGUCGUACUUGAUGUACUAUGACGUGAACGAUCUAUACGGAUGGGCGAUGUGUCAACCGUUGCCCUACGCCGACUUUCGAUGGGUCGAAGACGCUGCGAACUUUGACGCGAGCGCAAUCGCUCCGGAUUCGCCCAUCGGCUGCAUUCUCGAGGUCGAUCUAGAGUAUCCGCAGCAUCUUCACGACGCGCACACUGACCUGCCGUUCUGCCCGACGCGCGAUAAGCCGCCCGGCAAGCGCGAAGAUAAAUUGCUCGCGACGCUGUACGAUAAGCAACGUUACGUCAUCCACUACCGCAGCCUUCAGCAAUGUACACGUCAUGGCCUUCGCGUUACGAAGGUUCAUCGAGUGUUGCAGUUUGCUCAAUCCGCCUGGCUCCGCAAUUACAUCGAACUCAAUACACAGUUUAGUACGAGCACGAGAAGCGAUUUUGAGAAGAAAUUGUACAAAUUAAUGAACAACGCGAUAUUCGGUAAAACGAUGGAAAACGUUCGAAAUCACGUCGACGUCAAACUAAUAACGACAUGGGACGGACGGUACGGGGCGGAAGCAAUGAUCGCGAAACCGAAUUUCCACAGCCGCAGCGUCUUCGCGGAAAACCUGAUAGCGGUCGAAUUGAGGAAACUCGAGGUGAAAUUCGACAAGCCGAUUUACGUGGGUAUGUGCAUCCUGGAUAUAUCGAAAACGUGCUUGUACGAGUUUCACCACGAGUACAUGUUACCGAUGUUUAAUGAAAAUUGUAAAAUUAUGUACACCGACACGGACAGUCUUAUUUAUCGCAUCGAAUGCGACGAUGUCUACGCGGUGAUGAAACGCGAUAUUGCUAGGUUCGAUACGAGCGAUUAUCCGACGGACAACGCGUACGGUAUGCCUCUCGUGAAUAAGAAGGUGCCCGGCCUGAUGAAGGACGAAAACAACGGCGCGAUAAUGACCGAGUUCGUUGGACUCAGAGCGAAGAUGUACGCGUUGCGUGUAGACGGGAAGAAAGAUAAGAAGAAGGCAAAGGGUGUAAAGAGCAGCGCCGUAGCGCGAACGAUAACGUUCGACGAUUACACCCGAUGCUUGAACGAAGAGAUCGAAAUGACGCGCAGACAGUCGUGUAUAAGAUCGAAGCUACACCAAGUGUAUACGGUGUCCGAAAAGAAAGUCGCUCUGAGUCCAUACGACGACAAACGAUACGUCGUACCAGACUCGACGGAGACGUUACCGUGGGGACAUUGGCGGAUACCAUUGUAA